GACAACCCACAGCUAGGGUAAGAAGACUGAAACUGUACCAUCUUCCCUAUACGGUCCACUAGUAGCCUUGUCUGAGCCAGAACGACCCACUGGACAGGACGCUAGUCUAUCGCAGGACGACCCCCUGGACAGGACGCUAGUCUAUCGCAGGGCUCUGGCCAAAAGUAGUGCAUUAUUUAAAUAGGAUGCCAUUUCAGAUAUGCCCCCCGGAGGUGUUUCCUGGUAAUGAUACCUAUACUCACUAGCACAGAAGCGUAUGAAAUUACGUGGUCCUGGAUGGCUCAGUUGUCAGGAGCUUGGCGAUAGCAACGCCAAGGUCAUAGGUUCAAUUCCUGCAGGGAUCACAUAUACAGAGGUAUAUAACAGUGACAUGGAGCGUGUGUUUCGGUCUUCUCCAGGCGUUCUCUGCUGGAUAGUUUCCAGUCUCAGACUAAGCGCCACUUCCAGCCUCUGACCAGACCUGAUGGGUCAGAGACCCUGCCCUGCCCCAGUGGACAGAUCAGAGAGAGUGGAUACCUACAGCUCAACAUACGGCCUACAGCAGUGAGGAGAGAGGGAGGAGGGAGGAGAGAGGGAGAAGGGAGGAGAGAGGGAGGGAGGGAGGGAGGUAGGGGGAAGGGGGAGGAGAGAGGGAGGGAGGAGAGAGGGAGGGAGGGAGGAGGGAGGAGGGAGGAGAGAGGGAGGGAGGGAGGAGGGAGGGAGGAGAGAGGGAGGGGGGGGAGGGGGGAGAGAGGGAGGGAGGGAGGGAGGGAGGGAGGAGAGAGGGAGGGAGGAGGGAGGGAGGAGAGAGAGAGGGAGGGAGGGAGGGAGGGAGGAGAGAGGGAGGAGGGGGAGAAUGUACUGAUUGUAAGUGUCUUUCUGUCUCUCUCUCUUCUUCCCUCCCUCCCUCUCUCUCCCCUAGAAUGUAUCUUUCCAGACAGAGUAUGAGGAACACUUUGUUCCCCAUCGUCCCAGACCACCAGGUACUGUGCAAUAGACUGAGGAGCUGAAUGAUAUAGGACAGACCAGAACUGACCAGAACUGACCAGAACUGACCAGAACAGACCAGAACAGACCAGAACUGACCAGAACUGACCAGAACAGACCAGAACAGACCAGAACUGACCAGAACUGACCAGAACAGACCAGAACAGACCAGAACUGACCAGAACAGACCAGAACUGACCAGAACUGACCAGAACUGACCAGAACUGUAAUGUGCUGGCUCUGUGCUGCGGGGGGAAUGUAUAACCAGGAGAACACAAUUUGGCACGGCUCGGUUUGUUGUGUGAAAACUGGUUGCAAUGACGUAAUUUCAACCAGCUCUGCCCACUGCAGGGAAAUGGCUGUUUAGAGAGCAACGCAUAAAUGACACACGAUUGUCCUUUAGUUUCACAGAAGCACCAGUUAGUGGGAGCCCAAGGAGAGAGCGGUUUCCCUGAGGGGAUGGCCCUGCAACCCAACACCUUUCUGCCCCAGUACCACAUGGUUAGUGUUGCUCCCUCUAAAUAUACAAUAUUGCCACAUGCUAGUGAUGAGCAGACCUGGGUUCAAAUACUAUUUGACAUACUCUACCUUGGCUUGAUUGAGAUUGCCUGGCACAACGUAAACAAUACAAACGCCUAAAAAACUGCAAACCCCUUCCAACUCCAGGCAGGAUAGAGCCACCCCCUUCCAUCUCCAGGCAGGAUAGAGCCACCCCCUUCCAUCUCCAGGCAGGAUAGAGCCACCCCCUUCCAUCUCCAGGCAGGAUAGAGCCACCCCCUUCCAUCUCCAGACAGGAUAGAGCCACCCCUUCCAUCUCCAGGCAGGAUAGAGCCACCCCCUUCCAUCUCCAGACAGGAUAGAGCCACCCCCUUCCAUCUCCAGACAGGAUAGAGCCACCGCUCAAAGGAUUUGAAAGUAUUCAGAUAUUAUUUGAACCCAGGUCUGGUUACAUGGUUAGUGAUGUCAGUCACCCAGGUCUGGUCACAUGGUUAGUGAUGUCAGUCACCCAGGUCUGGUCACAUGGUUAGUGAUGUCAGUAACCCAGGUCUGGUCGCAUGGUUAGUGAUGUCAGUAACCCAGGUCUGGUCACAUGGUUAGUGAUGUCAGUAACCCAGGUCUGGUCACAUGGUUAGUGAUGUCAGUAACCCAGGUCUGGUCACAUGGUUAGUGAUGUCAGUAACCCAGGUCUGGUCACAUGGUUAGUGAUGUCAGUAACUCAGGUCUGGUCACAUGGUUAGUGAUGUCAGUAAAAGAAAGCCCAACAGCUUUUUGCUUCAAUACAGACAAAUGGUUAGUGUCGUAUCUCUUAGGCUGUGUCCCUAAUGGCACCCUAUUCCCUAUAUAGUGCCUUACUAUUGACCAGGGCCCAUAUAUUUCCUAUAUAGUGCACUACUAUUGACCAGGGCCCAUAUAUUCCCUAUAUAGUGCCCUACUAUUGACCAGGGCCCAUAUAUUCCCUAUAUAGUGCCCUACUAUUGACCAGGGCCCAUAUAUUCCCUAUAUAGUGCCUUACUAUUGACCAGGGUCCAUAUAUUCCCUAUAUAGUGCCCUACUAUUGACCAGGGCCCAUAUAUUCCCUAUAUAGUGCCCUACUAUUGACCAGGGCCCAUAUAUUCCCUAUAUAGUGCCCUACUAUUGACCAGGGCCCAUAUAUUCCCUAUAUAGUGCACUACUAUUGACCAGGGCCCAUAUAUUCCCUAUAUAGUGCCUUACUAUUGACCAGGGUCCAUAUAUUCCCUAUAUGGACCUUCUUUCUUUCGGGAUAUGUAUACCAAGUAUAUCCACUUCACCAUCAGACCAUUUUAUUGGUCAACUACAAUGUAAUGUAAAACAUUUUUUUUAUCCAGAGAGGUUAGGAAAAUUAUCUAGAUCCUCUAUGACGCUGUGCAGGGAUCAAAAUUGCAGAUUUAAAAGAAAACAUGAAUCGUCAGUGUACAAUGACACCUUUGUUUUUAAACCCUGGAUUUCUAAUCCCUUGAUAUUAUUGUCUGAUUUUAAUAGCUAACAUUUCGAUGGCCAUAAUAAAUAGAUAUGCCGAUAGUGGACAACCUUGUUUUACUCCUCUUGACAGUUUAAUACUUUCUGAGAAGUAACCAUUAUUUACUAUUUUACACCUGGAGUUACUAUACACUGGCUCACUUUUCCGUUAUUAAUUUUUUCGAAUUUUUUGAAAUAAGUUAUUUUUUUCAUUUCACUUCACCAAUUUGGACUAUUUUGUGUUUGUCCAUAACAUGAAAUCCGAAGAAAAAUAAAUGUAAAUUACAGGUUGUAAUACAACAAUAUAGGAAAAACGCCAAGGGGGAUGAAAACUUGAUUUUGAUUUUAACCCAUUUUAUAAGAGAUUCUCAAAAAUUGUAAUUGUCCAGGCAUUUCUAUAUAAAUUCCAGUUGUACUUUAUCAAAGGCCUUUUCAAAGCCAGCUAUGAAUACCAGGGCUGGUUUCCCAGAUUUUACACAGUGUUCUAUUGUUUCCAGUACAUGUCUUAUAUUAUGUCCAAUGUAUGGUUGUUGCAUUCAUCCAUUUUCAGUCCUGUGGCCUUCACCAAGUGAGAUCCUAAGCGAAUGUCAUUCAAAUAAAAUAACUUAACACAAUGCAAUACACAAGGCCUUAUUCUGAGGCGCUAGUUUUACCUUAAUACAGUGGCCUGAAACUCAUGGUUUACAGGCAAAAUCAGGCCUUCUAGUCACAUUAUGCUGGCUUGCAAAGUGAUGUGUAAUUCCUAUUGAAAUCCGGCCAGAGUGGUUGAUAUCCAACAUUUACCCGUAACCUGCAUUCAGAAUGACAGCCGGGUUGGGAAGACUAAGAUUUCAGACUACCCCAACCAUCUAAACUGGAACAGCCAUCUCAGUAACGGGUGCAAUAAAUCCAUAACAGAUUGGAUUAGUUUAGAAAAAUGUAUGUUAUUGAUAUUUGAGUAGCAUAAUGUCAGAAUGCGACGUGUAUGCGGUAGGCGAAGUCAAACGCAGGACACCGAGCUACUGGAAACGAUACUUUACUAACAAAGUAAACAGAAAUACAAAACAACCUCCAAACAGGGAGGGGAAUACCCGCACACUAGCAACUGCCGAAAAUGACGAGAACAAUCACACACAACACACAAUGAACCACAGAGGGUUAAAUAGGGAAUACAUUACAACAUAAUAGGAAACAGGUGUACACAAUCAAGACAAAACAAGUCAAACACCGAAACAUAGAUCGGCAGUAGCUAGUACUCCGGGCCCGAGCAAGGAGGAGGAGCAGCCUCGGCUGAUUCCGUGACACAUAAGAUUAUUAAUCAAUCAAUGCAAAAACAUAGAUAUUGAAACAAACAAUUCUAAAAAAAUCUAACUGCAAUAGAGCAUGCUGGGAAAUAUGAUAAUGAUGGGCGUGGUUUUGGUUUAACACUGGUUAUUAACACCAACACCGGGGUUCUUUUACACAAAUUAUUGUUAAAUUAACACUUACAGAGAUAAUCUGUAACACCUGACUUAACACGAGAAAUGUUACACUGAAAAAUCAACACUUACUAACACUGUCCAAUUUGACACCCUGAUUGAACAGCAGUAUUUUUUUAACAACAGCUUAAAAAAGCAACACCAGCUGGCGUUCAGUCCAUUCAUAGUAACACCACAUUAACACCAAAACUGCUUACACCAGGAUACUGUCACGAUCGUUUAAAGAUUGGUCGAACCAAGGCGCAUGAUAAGCGUACAUGUUUAUUAUAACUGUGCAAACACGACAAAACAACAAACAAACGAUACGUGACGUCUUAAGGUUACACACAACAAACCUAUAAGGAACCAGAUCCCACAACUAACAGGUGCCAAAAGGCUGCCUAAGUAUGGUUCCCAAUCAGAGACAACGAGCAACAGCUGCCUCUGAUUGGGAACCACCCUGGCCAACAUAGAUCUAUACAUACUAGAUCUAACCAUAGACAAUAAACAUAGGACAACACGACACAGAAAAUACACACCCUGACUCAACAAAUACGAGUCCUAGGGCGUGACAGAAAUGAACACUGACGAUAUUGCUGUGUGUAAGAAAUUGUUAAUCUGUUAACCAACGGAAACAGGAAUGGAGUAGAAUAUUCAAAUUAAGUGACAGUGUAAUUCUGUGAUUAGCAAACCCUGAAAAGUCUGAGCUAAAGUUGAUGUUAUCCCACUUUAGAAUAAGCAAAGUGUGAACAGUCACUUAACCCCAGGGCUAAGCAGUCUGCAUCCAACUAAAGGGGAAACAUAAUGUCUCCCUGUUCCCUAUUUAGUGCCCUACUUUUGACCAGGACCCCUAGGGAUUUGGUCAAAAGUAGUGCACUAUAGAGAGAAAUAUAGGGUGCCUUUUGGGAUGCAUCCAAAGUGAAGUAAACAGCUUUACGUAGCACGUUGUUCAUCCUCCAUUUGGCUUGUGUGUAGUAUUAGUAGUAUUAUAUGAAUGUAACCACAUUUUUCAUCUUCAUUGUGUCUUUGUUCCUGUUUGCCUGUUAUUAAAAUGUGUGUGUGUGUGUGUGUGUGUGUGUGUGUGUGUGUGUGUGUGUGUGUGUGUGUGUGUGUGUGGGGGUGUGGGGGGUGUGUGUGUGUGUGUGUGUGUGUGUGUGUGUGUGUGUGUGUGUGUGUGUGUGUGUGUGUGGGUGUGGGUGUGGGUGUGGGUGUGUGUUAUUAUCAGGGCGAUCCUAGGAGGACUGAGAACUCUGUGAUGAGAGAUGACUUCCUGCCUAUAUCCUUUCUUCAGGUGGGCUCUAACAUGUUUUCAUCUGUCCUCUUCUCUAUCUGCCGAUAUGUUACUGUAGAUUAGAAUAUAUGUCCGUCUCUCAAACCAUCUCUUGUAUUAUUAGAGAAUGAAUGUAUGUGUUUUGUGUGUUGUCUGUGGGUUUGGAAGCAGAUAAUAAAAAAAUAAAAUAAUCAAGUUCUAUUCUGUGUGUUCCAGGGCUCUGAGAUGCUCCCCAGGCUCGUCAGUAGAGUCCCCAGAGAAACAGGCUUCACCAGGGACACCAGGGACCCUCUGGCCUGUCUAGUAUGUUUACUGUAGCACAAUUAUCGCUCUCUCAAGAUCUAUCUAUCUAGAUACAAAGAGAUAUAGAGAGUAUACGAUAUAUCGAGGAUCUAUCUAUCCCUCUCUUUCUCUCUCUCUCUAUUCUCUCUCUCUCUCCUCUCUCCUCCUCUCUCUCUCUCUCUCUCUCUCUCUCUCUCUCUCUCUCUUUCUCUCUCUCUCUCUCUCCCAAAUGACACCCUAUUCCCUAUUGGCACCUGGUCAAAAGUAGUGUACUACAUGGGUGAUUCUACAGAAGUGAUGCAAAUUGCAGUCCCACCCUCCAAAAACGUAUUUUUAAAAACAUUUAAGUCUCCAAACUUAUAACUUUUAUUUACAUCAUGAUAUGUUCUAAUUCAAUCCAAUGCAAUAACAAACAUAUUGUUAAAUGAACAUAGUACAAAGUCAUUGUUUAUUCACCUAUUUCCAUUGAGAGGUGGCUGUCCCAAACCCUGAGUCCUAAACUUCAAGCUACACUAUUAUUUUCUCUAUUAUUUCAAUAGAACAACUUGAGUUAUUAUUAUUACAUUGAAUGAAAUGGAUCUAAUUAGUAGUUUAUUUUUUAUUUUAAAACAUCUUUCUCUAAAAAAUGCUGUCCCACCUUUUGAUGUCACUACAGAAACACACACAUUAAAGACUGUAGAAUGAAUGUGACUUAAGCCCCACCCCUAUACAUAUCACCAGGUGAUGAGACUGUAGAAUGAAUGUGACUUAAGCCCCACCCCUAUACAUAUCACCAGGUGAUGAGACUGUAGAAUGAAUGUGACUUAAGCCCCACCCCUAUACAUAUCACCAGGUGAUGAGACUGUAGAAUGAAUGUGACUUAAGCCCCACCCCUCUCCACUAUGGUCACAUGUUGAGUCUGUCAGCAAACAUUUUAGAGAAAAUUAGUGAGUAAGUUGGUAAAUCUUCAUGUAUUUUUAAGAAGUGUCACUACCUAACUAACUUAUAAGGCUAGAGAAGUUCAUUGAUAAAUAUUAUGAACGCAGUCGAGGUCAAAACAUGUCGGAGAAGAACCAGGGGAAAAAUGGAGAACCAAACUCCAAGCGAAAACUACGAGAUUCCUCGACAGACACCGAUGAUUUAUGCUUUUCACCACCUGGUACAGUAAGAGUGGAAACCGAACUGCUAAAAUCAAUAAAUGAUCAAUUGGGCGUACUGGAACCAGUCGGUAAAGACAUAAAGGAGGAAGGCCAGCCUCGAGAUGAGUGACGAGAAAGCCGUGACAAAGAAACAAACAAGCUAAAAGGUCAAAAGGUCAAUACUAUUGAAACGGACGUUAAUGAACUUAAAAAGGAGAACAUGUUUCUGAGAGAAGCCUUACUUGGAAUAUAUACUAGAUCUAUGUGAGAAAAUCUGGUGCUUACUGGUAUAAAAGAAAAUGAGGGUGAAGAGGCUGAAAGCGUGGUGAAAGAAUUCCUCCUUAAAGCGUUACAGAUCCCAGGCGAUACUGUCGACAAAAUCUAAAAUCGAACGUGUACACCGUUUCGGAACCGACAGGACAGCGAUAUGAGCGCCCAAUCGUUGCCAAAUUUGCAUUCUUUAAAGAUAAAAUAAUGUUUAAAAGGCAUACAGUAUGUGGGUAUGUGAGGGUGUAUACAGUAUGUGGGUAUGUGAGGGUGUAUACAGUAUGUAGGUAUGUGAGGGUGUAUUCAGUAUGUGGGUAUGUGAGGGUGUAUUCAGUAUGUGGGUAUGUGAGGGUGUAUACAGUAUGUGGGUAUGUGAGGGUGUAUUCAGUAUGUGGGUAUGUGAGGGUGUAUUCAGUAUGUGGGUAUGUGAGGGUGUAUACAGUAUGUGGGUAUGUGAGGGUGUAUACAGUAUGUGGGUAUGUGAGGGUGUAUUGUGAUGGAAGGUGGGUUGUGUGUUUUUGUGUUUGGAAAAGUCUGGAGUUAAGUGGGUGAAAAAGGAAAAAUGGUUACAAAUGAGCCCAUGUGUGUCUGCGAGCAGGAGUUGUGACAGAGAAAGCUUUAAAUGUUGUGCAGAUAUGGGAUAUACAUUUUAAAAUAGAUUAUAAAUAUAGUUUAUUUAUUUAUUGUCUUUAUUUAUUGUCAUGAUGGAGCGAUCCCCAACCCUAUAUCCUAGACACCCACCUGAGCGACCCACACACUAAGGAGAAGUCCCCAUCUGUUUUAUGGCCCUGCUAUAAGUAGCCUGUACGCAGCCAAGACAGAAAGAUAAAUGCGGUCAGAGACCCACUAGGGCAGCACCGCCCCCUCAAGGGUCUGAGCCUGCCUGGCAGGGUUGGUCCUACAAAGCCAGAGCCCCCUGAUGGGAGAGCAUAAUAUACAAGGAAUUUCUCAAAGCUGCUAAUGAGAACCUUGACGACCUCGUGCCUAGCCAGUGGGGAUUCCGGUGGGGUACGCCCACCCAGGUAGUGGCAGUGCUGGCAACACUAGCAGCAGUAACCCAUGGGGAGGGGGUCACACUCGGACAAUCAGAGAGGGGUAAAUUAUUGUGGCCCUGGCGGCACAAAAUAAUCAAAAGGUCUGACUGCACAGAGAUGCUUGGGAAAAAUGGUCACAACGGGGGAGCAGCGUGUGUGUGUUUCAGGGUAGGGGGGUGUAUCUGAGCUCCAUCAGCUAGGACUUGACAUUGGUUAAUCAAAUCUCUCCAUUUUUGCUUAAUUUGGCAUGCCUUCUCAAACAGCUACAACUGAAUAUGCAAUCACACAUCAAGUCCUUUCUUGAGUUGGGCUCGGGGAUGGAACAACUGUUGAACCUCUGAGCUCGUGGUUGUGUGUGAGGUAAGGGUGGGGAGUGUGUGUGUGUGUCUGUGUGUGUGUGUGUGUGUGUGUGUGUGUGUGUGUGUCUGUGUCUGUGUCUGUGUCUGUCUGUCUGUCUGUCUGUCUGUCUGUCUGUCUGUCUGUGUGUGUGUGUGUGUGUGUGUGUGUGUGUGUCUGUGUGUGUGUGUGUGUGUGUGUGUGUGUGUGUGUGUGUGUGUGUAUCCCACUUCUGUUGCUAUGGGGUAAUGAUGUUAGGGACAGUAUAGGAUGAAUCACAAUAAUUGUUGUUUGCCAAAAAUGUAAUUGUUGUAAUGCCAGUCCUGGUUAUAGGUAACAAUCCUUGGUAUGAACUGCCAACAUUAUUACGCAUAUUAUUAGUUAAUUGUGGAAAUAAAUUAAGAUAUGCACAAUUUUAUAUAUAUAUAUAUAUAUUGAGUGUGUUGGAAAUGCUUUUGGCAGUUAAUCUGUUUCUGUUCUGUGGGUGGCACUGUGUGCUCUUUUUAAAGGUUGGGUCCCAAUCUCUCAAAGGCCCUGGGAUACAGGUGGACAUGGGUGGUCAUGGGUGGACAUGGGUGGUCUGCCAGUCACUGGGACGACAAUCCAACUAGGGAUAGGGGGAGGUUUUAGCGGGUGGAAUAGCGGAGAACAAUUGGAGGUUUACUCCGUAGCAGUGCAAAUACAAAAUAUAGCUAUAUGGACACUCAAUCAUUAUGGUACCUAUCCCAUGGGCAAAGAAACUCAAAAUGGGUGAUGAUAUUAAUUAACAAUCAUUUUGAUCCGAAUGUGCACAUUUUUCAAACCGAUUGCUCAAGGUAGAUGGAUUAUUUUAAAUAUGUUAUUGGACCAUAAAAAGAUUUGUCUCAUUAACCUUUACGGACCAAAUAAUGAUGACAACGCUUCUUUGAAAACAUCUAUAAUAAAUUAUCAACUCUGCAAGCAAUACAAUACUCUAUUAUUAUGGUGGGAGAUUAUAAUACGGUUUGAAAUACCUCAAUGGACCCGUAAAAGAAAUCACACUACAAACUAUCACCCUCAUGCUCUUAAGGAAAUUGUGAAUGUCAUGGAUACAUUAGAACUAGUGGAUAUAUGGAGGCUUAAAUAUCCUGAUCUAGUGAUAUAUACAUGGCGGAGACUCAAUCAAGCUAGUCGUCUUGACUUCUUUCUUAUGUCAUACUCGUUGGCACCAAAAGUAAAACAUGUGACGAUAUGGGACAGAAUGCGGUCGGACCAUCAUAUAAUAGGCAUAUACAUUACUCUUAAAGAAGUUCCACGUGGGCGAGGAUAUUGGAAAUGUAAUCAAAGCCUAUUGGAUGAUAACUUGUUUUUAACCAGGACAGAAUAAUUUAUAACUGACUUUUUCCUACAUAACAUAGUUACAGCAGAUCCCCUUACUGUAUGGGACACUUUUAAAAUGUGCCUUUAGAGGCCAUGCAAUUCAGUACUCAUCUCUAAAACAAAAGCAAUUUAAGUCAAAAUAAUCCAUAUUAAGAAUUGAAGUAGAGGGACUAACAGUACAGAUAGAUAGCAAUAAAAACAGUACCAUAGAGGCACAGAAUACGUUAGAGGAAAAACAACAAGAAAUGGAGGAACUUAUUCAAGAAAGAUCAAGUGUAAUAUAUAAUAAAAAAUAAAGCAAACUGCAUGGAAUGCUACCAAAAAUAAUUUACUGAAACUUGUUACAAAUGACGGAAUCGCCUAUAAUUCACCAAACUAUAUUUUGAUAGAGGAAGCAAAGUACUUUAAGCAUAUAUUUUCGUUUCAGUCUCCUCCAUCUCCACUAACCAAAGUUAAUUGAAAGGAUUUUUUUCCUAUGAAUAAUGUAAAAUUAACAGCUGUACAGAAAGACUCAUGUGAAGGCCAAAUUACAGAGGAGGAACCUCUUGAUGCAAUUAAAGCCUUUAAGUGCGGAAAACUCUAUGGCUGGAUGGCACACCAGUUGAGGUAUACCAAACCUUUUUUGAUGUACUCAGAGGAUCGUUAUUAGCAUGUUUUAACCACUCCUAUUAAAAUGAUAGAUUAUCAAAUACUCAACAAGAAGGUCUGAUUUCAUUAUUAUGAAACAGGACCCAAGUGGUAAAUAUAAAGAUCCAGUCCAUUAAAACAAUUGGAGGCCCCUUACACUUCAGUGUUGUGAUGCAAAAAUUCUAGCAAAGUGCAUAGUGCUUAGAAUUAAAAAGGUAUUGUCGGAUAUUAUUCAUUCUAAUCAGACAGGUUUUUUUACAUGGAAGAUACAUUGGAGAUAAUAUAAGGCAAGUAUUGGAAACAAUAGAACACUAUGAAAAAUCUGGGAAACCAGGCCUGCUAUUCAUAGCUGACAUUGAAAAGGUUUUUGAUGAAGUACGACUGGAAUUCAUAUAUAAAUGCCUGGAAUAUUUCAAUUUUGAAGAAUCUCUUAUACAAUGGGUUAAAGUUAUGUAUAUUAACCCUAGGUGUAAAAUAGUAAAUGAUGUCUAUUUCUCAGAAAGUUUUAAACUGUCAAAAGGAGUAAAACAAGGUUGUCCACUAUCGGCAUAUCUAUUUACUACGGACAGCGAAAUGUUAGCUAUUAAAAUCAGAUCCAACAAUAAUAUCAAGGGCCUAGAAAUCCAAGGCUUAAAAACUAAGGGGUCAUUGUACGCUGAUUAUUCAUGUUUUCUUUUAAAUCCACAAUGGGUGCCUCAUAGAUGAUCUAGAUACUUUUUCUAACCUCUCUGGAUUACAACCAAAUUAUGAUAAGUGUACUAUAUUACGUAUUGGAUCACAAAAAAAUGCAACUUUUACAUUACUGUGUAGUUUACCAAUACAACGGUCUGAUGGUGAAGUGGAAAUACUCUGUAUACAUAUCCCGAAAGAAAGAAAUGAUCUCAUUACAAUACAUUUUUUAUAGAAAAAUAACAAAAAUACAUAAGAUCUUGCUACCGUGGAAAGGAAAAUACCUGUCUAUUGGUGAGAAAUCACCCUGAUGAUCUCUUUAGUCAUAUCCCUGUUUACCUAUUUGCUUAUCGCCCAGCGUUUUUUAAAUUAUAGGAGCAAAAAUAUUCAAUUUAAUUUGGAACGGCAAGCAAGACAAAUUUAAACAGGCCUAUUUAGAUAAUGAAUAUGAAUUCGCAGGGCAGCAAUUAUUAAAUAUGAAAGCAUUAGACCUCUCGCUAAAGGCUUCAGCAUUUCAAAAGUUAUACUUAAAUCCAAACUGGUUCUCUAGCAGAUUAGUAAGAAUGUCUCACACCAUGUUCAAGAAUGGCCUUUUUCCCUUUAUUCAGAUCGCAACCUCUCACUUUUGGUUAUUUGAAAAUUAUAUAAUCUCCAGAAUAUUGCUAUUUUUAAAACAAGCCAUAGCAAGUUGGUUGCAUUUUCAGUUUAAUCCACCAGAAAAGACAGAACAAAUAUUACAACAAAUAUUAUGGUUAAACUCAAAUAUACUAAUUGGUUAAAAAAUAUAUAUAUAAUCUUUGUAAAUUAUAUCAUAAAUAGGACUGGUGGAGUUAUGUCACACAUGCAACUAACAAAAAUAUAUGGAAAUGUCUGCUCUAUCCAGCAUUACCGCAAAAAUGGAAGAGGCAAGUGGAAGGGGGAGAAGGUAAGGAACUUGUCUGUCGGCAUUAAAGACCAAAAUUGGCUAAACAAAAUUGUGAUAAAUAAAAAAGUAUACCAGUUUCAUUUAAAGACUAAAACAUUGACAGCUGUGCCAUAUAGAUUGCCAAAUAGUUGGGAAGAGAUUUUCAAUGUACCGAUUCCAUGGCACAUGGUUUAUGAACUGAUACACAAAUCAAAGCUAGAUUCAAAACUUAGAGUUUUUCAAUUUAAAUUAUGAUACAAAAUUCUUGCAACCAAUAGAAUGUUAUAUAUAUUGGGGAUACAACCAUCCCAGCUCUGCAUAUUUUGCUGCGAAGAGACAGAAUCAUUAGAUCAUUUGUUUUGGUACUGUCCAUAUGUAGCUUGUUUUUGGUCGCAAGUUCAGGAAUGGCUGAAGAAUUGCAACAUUUACCUGGAGCUAACUCUGCAAAUAGCACUGCUGGGUGAUUAAAAAAGUCAUAGUCAAUCGAUUAAUAAUAUAAUAAUACUCUUAGCAAAAAUGUUUAUCUUUAAUUUACAAUAUGUAGAAUCUAUGAGAAUAGAAAGGUUCAGAACUUUUGUGAAACAUCACAGCACAGUUGAAAAAUAUAUGGCAAAUAGAAAUCAAAACUGGACGGUGUUCAGAGAUAGAUGGGAGGGGUUGAGUGGAGCUGAAGGAUGGGACUAAAAACAAACAAAAGAUAAAUAUUUUAAACUAUACUCUGUCCGUAAAAUGUAUAUAGUAUGUAGCUGGAAGUAGACGCCUAAGAGUUGUUGUCCAUUAGUUUACUCCAAUUAGGGGAGGGGUGGGAGGGUUAGGGGGAAAUAAUAAAGGAAAAUAUAUUAAAAAAUAUAUACUGUAUAUAUAUUAUAUACAGUUGAAGUCGGAAGUUUACAUACACCUUAGCCAAAUUACAUUUAAACUCAGUUUUUCACAAUUCCUGACAUUUAAUCCUAGUAAAAAUUCCCUGUCUUAGGUCAGUUAGGAUCACCACUUUAUUUUAAGAAUGUGAAAUGUCAGAAUAAUAGUAGAGAGAAUGAUUUAUUUCAGCUUUUAUUUAUUUCAUCACAUUCCCAGUGGGUCAGAAGUUUACAUACACUCAAUUAGUAUUUGGUAGCAUUGCCUUUAAAUUGUUUAACUUGGGUCAAACGUUUCGUGUAGCCUUCCACAAGCGUCCCACAAUAAGUUGGGUGAAUUUUGGCCCAUUCCUCCUGACAGAGCUGGUGUAACUGAGUCAGGUUUGUAUGCCUCCUUGCUCGCACACACUUUUUCAGUUCUGCCCACAUAUUUUCUAUAGGAUUGAGGUCAGGGCUUUGUGAUGGCCACUCCAAUACCUUGACUUUGUUGUCCUUAAGCCAUUUUGCCACAACUUUGGAAGUAUGCUUGGGGUCAUUGUCCAUUUGGAAGACCCAUUUGCAACCAAGCUUUAACUUCCUGACUGAUGUCUUGAGAUGUUGCUUCAAUAUAUCCACAUAAUUUUCCUUGUUUCACGGUUGGGAUGGUGUUCUUCGGCUUCCAAGCCACCCCCUUUUACCUCCAAACAUAACGAUGAUCAUUAUGGCCAAACAGUGCUAUUUUUGUUUCAUCAGACCAGAGGACAUUUCCCUAAAAAGUACGAUCUUUGUCCCCAUGUGCAGUUGCAAACCGUAGUCUGGCUUUUUUAUGGCGGUUUUGGAGCAGUGGCGUGUAUAUAGAUACUUUUGUACCUCUUUCCUCCAGAAUUUUCACAAGGUCCUUUGCUGUUGUUCUGGGAUUGAUUUGCAAAGUACGUAAUCUCUAGGAGACAGAACGUGUCUCCUUCCUGAGCGGUAUGACGGCUGCGUGGUCCUAUGGUGUUUAUACUUGCGUACUAUUGUUUGUACAGAUGAACGUGGUACCUUCAGGCGUUUGGAAAUUUCUCCCAAGGAUGAACCAGACUUGUGGAGGUCUACAAUUCUUUUUCUGAGGUCUUGGCUGAUUUCUUUUGAUUUUCCAAUGAUGUCAAGCAAAGAGGCACAUUGAAGGUAGGCCUUGAAAUACAUCCACAGGUACACCUCCAAUUGACUCAAAUUAUGUCAAUUAGCCUAUCAGAAGCUUCUAAAGCCAUGACAUAAUUUUCUGGAAUUUUCCAAGCUGUUGAAAGGCACAGUCAACUUAGUGUAUGUAAACUUCUGUCCCACUGGAAUUGUGAUACAUUGAAUUAUAAGUGAAAUAAUCUGUCUGUGAACAAUUGUUGGAAAGAUUACUUGUGUCAUGCACAAAGUAGAUGUCCUAACCGACUUGCCAAAACUAUAGUUUGUUAACAAGAAAGUUGUGGAGUGGUUGAAAAACUAAUUUUAAUGACUCCAACCUAAGAGUAUGUAAACCUUCGACUUCAACUGUACAUGUCUACCUGACAUGUUGGAGAGACCUGUGUGCUGAAAGUUUGAAAAAGAUAGGAUACACAUUUCCAACUCCAAAUGUGCACCUCAUCUGUAUAAUGACCCAUAUAGGGAAUAGGGUGCCAUUUGGGACAUAACCAAAGAUCCACAUAGCAACAAUCGUUAUGUCACAGCACCUAUAUCAGUGGUGGCUGGUGGCGCUUUAAAUGGGCGAGGACGGGCUCAUAUUACUGGCUGGAAUGGAAUGGGAUCAAACACAUCGUGCUCCUGGUUUUCCAUGUGUUGGAUGUUAUUCCAUUUACUCCAUUCCAUUCUUUAUUAUGAGCCGUCCUCCCCUCACCAGCCUCCUCUGACCUGUAUGAUGUCACUUCCUGUGUAUUACCUCUAGGCCUCUCUGUUAUACUGUAUGAUGUCACUUCCUGUGUAUUACCUCUAAGCCUCUCUGUUAUGCUGUAUGAUGUCACUUCCUGUGUAUUACCUCUAGACCUCUGUUAUGCUGUAUGAUGUCACUUCCUGUGUAUUACCUCUAAGCCUCUCUGUUAUGCUGUAUGAUGUCACUUCCUGUGUAUUACCUCUAGACCUCUCUGUUAUACUGUAUGAUGUCACUUCCUGUGUAUUACCUCUAAGCCUCUCUGUUAUGCUGUAUGAUGUCACUUCCUGUGUAUUACCUCUAAGCCUCUCUGUUAUGCUGUAUGAUGUCACUUCCUGUGUAUUACCUCUAGCCUCUCUGUUAUACUGUAUGAUGUCACUUCCUGUGUAUUACCUCUAGACCUCUCUGUUAUACUGUAUGAUGUCACUUCCUGUGUAUUACCUCUAAGCCUCUCUGUUAUGCUGUAUGAUGUCACUUCCUGUGUAUUACCUCUAAGCCUCUCUGUUAUGCUGUAUGAUGUCACUUCCUGUGUAUUACCUCUAAGCCUCUCUGUUAUGCUGUAUGAUGUCACUUCCUGUGUAUUACCUCUAGGCCUCUCUGUUAUGCUGUAUGAUGUCACUUCCUGUGUAUUACCUCUAGGCCUCUGUGUUACCUGGCUCUGGGACUCAGAAGAUCAGCUCACCUGCCGAGAAGAUGUUGAUUGGGAUGAAGGUUAGAGAGCUUUAUCAUAUAAGCCUUAAUAAGACAUUAUAAAGGCUCAUACAUGCUUAUAACAUUUUCUAAAGCAUUAUACAGGCAGGGUAAAGUGUUACCAUUAGUUUGGUUUCCAGGAGCGUUCAGGAUUCAUCCUCAACACACCAAACCUGAAAAACCUGUCACACACACCGUCCGAACCCUCACGCUUCCGCACUCACUACCAGACCAAGUAAGUAGGCUUCUCUUUUUAUUUACAUGACGUUGUAUUGUGUAUUAUUCAGGAGGUAGUCCUGAUCGGGACUUGAGAUGAAGAAAGUAUGAUAAUGUAUGAACUCACUAACUGUAAGUCGCUCUGGAUAAGAGGGUCUGCUAAAUGACUCAAAUGUAAAUGUAAAAUGAGAUAAACGUCAGUUGUUCAUAUUGCGGUGAAUUCAGGAGGUAGUCCUUAUCGGGACUUGCACCUUGGUCCCUGUGACUGUCAGUUAACCGUUACACCUAGAGGUCCGAACCUCUUUACAAGGUCUUUACAGGCCAGUUUCCCGGACACAGAUUAAGCCUAAUCCUGGACUAUAAAGCAUGCUCAAUAGAGAUUCUUCAUUGAGUUUCUAGUCCAGGACUGGACCUAAUCUGUGUCCGGGAACCCGCCCCUAGGUGUUGUACUGAGGUCGCUACAAUAUAUUCCAGGUUCUGUGACGUUUCAGCGCUAGAGAACCUAAGAGCAGGCUGGACGAGAGGAGUCAUCCACAAGCACAGGACCAAUGGUUACACUGGGAGAGACACAGACAGGUAGACACAGACAGGUAGACACAGACAGGGAGACACAGACAGGUAGACACAGACAGGGAGACACAGACAGGUAGAGACACAGACAGGUAGACACAGACAGGGAGACACAGACAGGUAGACACAGACAGGGAGACACAGACAGGUAGACACAGACAGGUAGAGACAGACAGGGAGACACAGACAGGUAGAGACACAGACAGGGAGAGACACAGACAGGGAGACACAGACAGGUAGAGACACAGACAGGGAGAGACACAGACAGGGAGACACAGACAGGUAGAGACACAGACAGGUAGAGACACAGACAGGUAGACACAGACAGGGAGACACAGACAGGGAGACACAGACAGGGAGACACAGACAGGUAGAGACACAGACAGGUAGACACAGACAGGUAGACACAGACAGGGAGAGACACAGACAGUAGACACAGACAGGUAGACACAGACAGGGAGACACAGACAGGUAGAGACAGACAGGGAGAGACACAGACAGGGAGACACAGACAGGUAGACACAGACAGGGAGACACAGACAGGUAGAGACAGACAGGGAGAGACACAGACAGGGAGACACAGACAGGUAGAGACAGACAGGGAGAGAGGACAGGUAGGACCAGACAGGUAGAGACGACAGGUUAGGGACAGACAGGUAGAGAGACAGACAGGUAGAGACAGACAGGUAGAAGAGACAGACAGGUAGAGACAGACAGGUAGAGACAGACAGGUAGAGACAGACAGGUAGAGAGACAGACAGGUAGAGACAGACAGGGAGAGAGACAGACAGGUAGAGACAGACAGGUAGAGACAGACAGGUAUAGAGACAGAAGGGAGAGACAGACAGGUAGAGACAGACAGGUAGAGACAGACAGGGAGAGACAGACAGGUAGAGACAGACAGGUAGAGAGACAGACAGGGAGAGACAGACAGGUAGAGAGACAGACAGGUAUAGAGACAGACAGGUAGAGACAGACAGGUAGAGAGACAGACAGGUAUAGGACAGACAGGUAGAGACAGACAGGUAGGUAGAGUAUAUAACACACCACUAUAUUCUAGAAAUUCUGUUAUGACAGAAAUGUGCCUCCUUUUGACUUCCUCUCUUCGUCUCUUUCACAGGUUUAACCUCAGGCACUGACUGUCAAGGUACAAAGUCAGACAUCAGAUCGCCCAUUAAAUACCCUUAAUAUCUUUCCAACUGGCUAACAGAGAUGGUGUUUUCAGCUGAUAAUGACAUGGGCGCUGCUAUUUCCAUCCAAAUAAAACGGUUGAUUUUUAUCAAUUGGAUUAAAACACAUAACUGUUACCUCUGUUGUAAAUCCACACAUAUUGGAGCUGGGUUAUCUGUUUUUAUACAGUUCUUUGGACUGAACCAAGUGGGAGGUUGAAGUGAAGGGGGGGGGGGGGGGGGGGGGGGGGGGCAGGGAGUGAAGAGGGGGGGUCAGGGAGUGAAGGGGGGUGUCAGGAGUGAAGAGGGGGGUCAGAGGGGGGGUCAGGGGGUGAAGAGGGGGGGAGCUAGAUAACUAUUCAGACAGAGGAGUGUGUGCCAAAUCACACCCUAUUCCCUACAUAGUGCACUACUUUAGACCAGGGCGUAUAGGGCUCUGAUGUAAAGUAGUGCACUAUAUGGGGAAUAGGGUGCCAUUUAGGACUCAUUCAGAGUGACUGGACUGCAGCACAGUAGGAGUACUGAUCCAGGAUCAGUUUUCCCUUUUUAGAUCAUCAUUCAUAGGAUUAUAUGAAACAGGGAGAUGCUGUGUGAAUACUGGCCCUGGUCUGGUGUUUGUCACAGUGUUUAGCCACCCAGUCAGAGCUGUGGGAUGGUUCACACGAUCAACCCUGGGUUCAAACACUAUUCCAAAUAUUUCAAUCAGCUGUGCUGAGCCUGAGCCUGAGCCUGAGCCUGCCUGCCGUGAUGAUCAAUCGAAUGGAACAGUCCUAAAAUUCUCAACUCUGCCCAUCCGGCAAUCCGGGCAGGCUCAAGCAAACGCCCAGGAGAGUAUUUGAAUGAUUUGAAUACUGUUUGAAUCCAGGCCUGGAAUGGAGAGGCAGUAUGCAGAACGCUGACCCUUUAUGAGGUCAUGCCGCAUCGGCGUCACAGUGGUGUAGCAGCAUCCCCCAGUCGCUCCCUACAGGCAACAGCACCAACCAAGACUCCACAAUUAGAUACAGUAUUGCAGUCGUUUUUUUUCCCCCUUUCAAAAUCUACAGUAGUUUAAAUAAAUACAGGCUUACUGUGUCAAAACACAAUGGGGGCCUGUUUCCCUGGAAGACACAGAUUAAUCUCAACUCUAGUCCUGGAUUAAAAAGCAUGCUCAAUAGGUUUUUGAGGACAGGACUAAAAAUGAUCUGUGUACGGGACUAGGGCUUCCUCUCGUUAUUUGUGAAAGAUUAUAUACUGUAUUCUGAAUGAUUCACUUGGUUAAAUAAUGGCAAAAAUAAAGAAAAUAAAAGUCUGGGAAACACAGAAAACGUAACACUUCUAAAACAUGACUUGGAUGACAUGGUUCCUAGCCGAGUGUGGAUCCGUGUGGUCCAAUCUGGAGAGAGAGCCCUUGUCCCAAAUGACACAGUAUGCCCUAUGAAGUACACUACUUUUGACCAGGGCUUGUAGGGUUCUAUAUAAGGAAUGGACGCACUGCGCCAUCGUUGGAAUGAAACAGGACAGGGAGAAGGGAGAAGGGAUGUACUCUUUGCACUGACGCGCAGUGUCGAUCUGACUUCAGUCUGAUGGUGGUGGUCCAAUGACAGGAGGUGUUCUGCUGCUGACCUGGGUCCUACCCUUCAUAGGGAAUAGGGUGCCACUUGAAUCCUAACAUAAACUACAGAUGGCAGCAGCUUUUUCAGUGUCUGCAUCGGACACGGCACCCUCCUUCCCAUACGAAAAGUAAUGCACUGUAGAUAACAGGCAGCCAUUUUGGAUACUACGGUUAGGGCACUACAAGGGGAACAGGGAGCCAUUUUGGAUACUACGGUUAGGGCACUACAAGGGGAACAGGGUGCCAUUUUGGAUACUACGGUUAGGGCACUACAAGGGGAACAGGGUUUUGGAUACUACGGUUAGGGCACUACAAGGGGAACAGGGUGCCAUUUUGGAUACUACGGUUAGGGCACUACAAGGGGAACAGGGUUUUGGAUACUACGGUUAGGGCACUACAAGGGGAACAGGGUUUUGGAUAGAGACAGUGUGUCUGGUUGUUUUCCACUUGUUUCCAACAUGCAGUCGCUCGCCGACAUAACAGACAUAGUAACAGACACAGCAACAGACAGACACAGUAACAGACACAGUAACAGACACAUUAACAGACAGACAGAUAGACACAGCAACAUACACAGUAACAGACACAUUAACCAACAGACAGAUAGACACAGCAACAUACACAGUAACAGACACAGCAACAGACACAGCAAAAGACACAGUAACAGACACAGCAACAGACACAGCAACUAGGACACUACGGAGGCUUAGUCCCACUACACUAGGACACUACGGAGGCUUAGUCCCACUACACUAGGACACUACGGAGGCUUAGUCCCACUACACUAGGACACUACAGCUUAGUCCCUCUACACUAGGACACUACGGAGGCUUAGUCCCACUACACUAGGACACUACGGAGGCUUAGUCCCUCUACACUAGGACACUACGGAGGCUUAGUCCCACUACACUAGGACACUACGGAGGCUUAGUCCCACUACACUAGGACACUACAGCUUAGUCCCUCUACACUAGGACACUACGGAGGCUUAGUCCCACUACACUAGGACACUACGGAGGCUUAGUCCCUCUACACUAGGACACUACGGAGGCUUAGUCCCACUACACUAGGACACUACGGAGGCUUAGUCCCACUACACUAGGACACUACGGAGGCUUAGUCCCACUACACUAGGACACUACGGAGGCUUAGUCCCUCUACACUAGGACACUACGGAGGCUUAGUCCCUCUACACUAGGACACUACGGAGGCUUAGUCCCACUACACUAGGACACUACGGAGGCUUAGUCCCACUACACUAGGACACUACGGAGCCUUAGUCCCACUACACUAGGACACUACGGAGGCUUAGUCCCACUACACUAGGACACUACGGAGGCUUAGUCCCACUACACUAGGACACUACGGAGGCUUAGUCCCACUACACUAGGACACUACGGAGGCUAAAACGUAACUUCAUGUCACGCCCUGACUCUGGGGACUCGUAUUUGUUGAGUCAGGGUGUGUAUUUUCUGUGUAGUAUGUUCUAUGUUGCAUUUUCUAUGUUUAGAUCUAGAUCGUGUAGAUCUAUGUUGGCCGGUGUGGUUCCCAAUCAGAGGCAGCUGUAGCUCGUUGUCUCUGAUUGGGGACCAUACUUAGGUAGCCUAUUGGCACUAGUGGGUUGUGGGAUCUUGUUCCGUGUUAGGUAUGUUUGUUUUGUGUACCUUGGACUUCACGUGUCGUUUGUUGUUUUGUCAUUGUGUUUAUUCGGAAAAAUAAACAUGUACGCAUAUCACUCUGUGCCUUGGUCCGUCCCGUCUGUAAAGGACCGUGACAGAAGAUCCCACCAAACGAGGACCAAGCAGUGUGUUCAGGAGAAAACGCCGGGAAUUCAACAGGAGGUUACAUUAGUAGAUGUCCUCCUCGGUUGGGGGAGAAUUACAGAGGAGGAGGCCGUCCGUUACCGGAAGGCGAUGAAGGAGGAUGCCCAGGUAGGAGAGGAGAAAUGGCGCCAACAGUGCCGACGACGGAGACCCGAGAGGCAACCCCAACAACAUUUUGGAGGGGGGCACACGGUGUGGACGACGAGGCAGCAGGAGGCCGCGACAGGGCGGAUCUGCAGGUUAGGAGAGGAGGCCACCAUGUUACGGGGGCUAUUGGUUCAGAGGGAGCAGGAGUUAUUCGGUCAGAGGGAGGCGCUACAGGAGGCUAUAAGGGAGAAGGAAAGUGUAGAGGCACGGCGAGAGGAGCUGGUUAGGCAGCAGAAGGAGCGGGGGUUAAUAAGGGAACCCAGUCCCGCUCCUCGCACCAAGCAAGUGGUGCAUGUCGCCAGUCCGGUCCGGCCCGUUCCUGCUUCCCGCACUAUGCCAGUGGUGCGUGUUCCCAGUACGGCCCGACCCGUUCCUGCCCCUCGCCCCAAGCCAGUGGUACGCGUCGCCAGCCCGGCCCGGCCUGUUCCUGCUCCUCGCACCAAGCCAGUGGUGCGCGUCGCCAGCCCGGCCCGGCCUGGCCUGUUCCUGCCCCUCGCACCAAGCCAGUGGUGCGCGUCGCCAGGCCAGCCCGGCCUGUUCCUACCCCUCGCACCAAGCCUGUGGUGCGCGUCGCCAGCCCGGCCCGGCCUGUUUCUGCCCCUCGCACCAAGCCUGUGGUGCGCGUCGCCAGCGCGGCCCGGCCUGUUCCUGCCCCUCGCACCAAGCUAGUGGUGCGCGUCGCCAGCCCGGCCCGGCCUGUUCCUGCUCCUAACACCAAGCCAGUGGUGCGCGUCGCCAGCCCGGUCCGGCCUGUUCCUGCCCCUCGCACCAAGCCUGUGGUGUGCGUCGCCAGCCCGGUCCGGCCUGUUCCUGCUCCUCGCACCAAGCUAGUGGUGCACGUCGCCAGCCCAGCCCGGCCUGUUCCUGCCCCUCGCACCAAGCCAGUGGUGCGCGUCGCCAGCCCGGUCCGGCCUGUUCCUGCCCCUCGCACCAAGCUAGUGGUGCACGUCGCCAGCCCGGACCGGCCUCUUCCUGCCCCUCGCACCAAGCCUGUGGUGUGCGUCGCCAGCCCGGUCCGGCCUGUUCCUGCUCCUCGCACCAAGCUAGUGGUGCACGUCGCCAGCCCAGCCCGGCCUGUUCCUGCCCCUCGCACCAAGCCAGUGGUGCGCGUCGCCAGCCCGGUCCGGCCUGUUCCUGCCCCUCGCACCAAGCCAGUGGUGCAUGUCGCCAGCCCGGCCCGGCCUGUUCCUGCUCCCCGCACCAGGCCAGUGGUGCAUGUCGCCAGUCCGGGACGGCCCGUUCCUGCUCCCCGCACCAAGCCAGUUGUGCGCGUCGCCAGCCCGGUCCGGUCCGUUCCUGCUCCCCGCACCAAGCCAGUGGUGCAUGUGUCCAGUCCGGCACGGCCCGUGCAUGUUCCACCGGUGCCUGGUCCGGCACCGGUCAGCUGCUCCACUCCGGAGCCAGAGCAGUCCACUCCACCGGUGCCCAGUUCAGCUCCGGUCAGCUCCUCCACUCCGGAGCCAGAGCAAUCCGCUUCACCGGGGUCCAGUCCAGCUCCGGUCAGCGGCUCCACUCCGGAGCCAGAGCAGUCCGCUCCACCGGUGCCUGAUCCAGCUCCGGUCAGCUGCUCCACUCCGGAGCCAGAGCAGUCCGCUCCACCGGUGCCUGGUCGAGCUCCGGUCAGCGGCUCCAGUCCAGACCCAGACGUCAGCUCCUCUCCAAGUUCGGGGUCUCCCACACCAGGGUCCAGACAGGGCUUGGUACUUCGUGGGAGGAAGGAGAGGGGAAGCAGCGCGCCGAGGUCCAGACCAGACCAGGGGCGCAACAGGGAGGCGGAGAGUAAGUGGUCGUCACGCCCUGAGCCGGAUCCGCCUCCAAGGCGGAAUGCCCACCCGGCCCCUACUCUGUUAUGUUUAUGUUGUGCGGUCAAAUUCGCACCUUUGGGGGUGGGGUACUGUCACGCCCUGACUCUGGGGACUCGUAUUUGUUGAGUCAGGGUGUGUAUUUUCUGUGUGGUAUGUUCUAUGUUGCUUUUUCUAUGUUUAGAUCUAGAUCGUCUAGAUCUAUGUUGGCCGGUGUGGUUCCCAAUCAGAGGCAGCUGUCGCUCGUUGUCUCUGAUUGGGGACCAUACUUAGGUAGCCUAUUGGCACUAGUGGGUUGUGGGAUCUUGUUCCGUGUUAGGUAUGUUUGUUUUGUGUACCUUGGACUUCACGUGUCGUUUGUUGUUUUGUCAUUGUGUUUAUUCGGAAAAAUAAACAUGUACGCAUAUCACGCUGCGCCUUGGUCCGUCCCGUCUGUAAAGGACCGUGACACUUCAACAACAGUUGGUAGCCAACAGCAGGUAGUCUUUCAAAAGGUCCUGUGUGGCUCAGUUGAGUAAGAUGCCAAGGAUAAUAUAAUCUCACUCAAAUGGCUAAAUGUACUGUACAUUGUUCAGGAUACCAGUGUCUGCUAAGUGGUUUAUAUUAUUAUUAUGAUAUUAUUUUUACAAAUCUGAGACGUAAUCUGAGACAUCAUCUGAGACGUAAUCUGAGACGUAAUCUGAGAUGUAAUCUUUACAGAUAAUAUUGAGGUCUUCACAAGGACAUAGUAGAUGGAUAUUAGGAUAUUCAGCCUAAUAGGCAGAAAUGUUGCUUUGCAAUAUGCAGCCAGUCACAGUAACAUCUCUAUAGAAACAACAGUGACUGAUUGACACAUGAUUCUCUCCAUACAUAUUUCAACAGAUGGAUGACUAUUUGACUCUUUCAAUGAGACGCAGGAAAGAAGAGACAGGACAGAGGAUAGCACACUGCAGACAUGAGCCUCAUGGAGAUGAUACAAGGAUCAUGAACAGAGGCUAGGAGAGACAGAGACACAGGACAGAGACACAGGACAGAGACACAGGACACAGAGACAGGACAGAGACACAGGACAGAUAGACAGGACAGAGAGACAGGACGCAGACAGGACAGAGACACAGGACAGAGACACAGGACACAGAGACAGGACAGAGAGAGGACACAGAGACAGGAUAGAGAGACAGGACACAGAGACAGGACAGAGAGACAGGACAGCGACACAGGACAGAGACACAGGACACAGAGACAGGACACAGACACAGGACACAGACACAGGACAGAGGGACAGAGAGACAGGACACAGAUACAGGACAGAGACACAGGACAGUGAGACAGGACACAGACACAGGACACAGACACAGGACAGAGACACAGGACAGAGAGACAGGACACAGACACAGGACAGAGAGACAGGACACAGACACAGGACACAGAACAGAGACACCGGACAGAGAGACAGGACACAGAGACAGAACAGAGAGACAGGACAGAGAGACAGGACAGAGACAGGACACAGAGACAGGACAGAGAGACAGGACAGAGAGACAGUACAGAGACAGGACAGAGAGACAAUUUAGUCUCCUCAACUUGCUCAAUGUUCCGGGAUUCUUCAGAUAGCAUUGAGGAGUACACCACAUCAGUCACUGGCUUCAUCAAUAAGUGCAUCGAUGAUGUCGUCCCCACAGUGACCGUACGUACAUACCCCAACCAGAAGCCAUGGAUUACAGGCAACAUCCGCACUGAGCUAAAGGGUAGAGCUGGCGCUUUCAAGGAGCGGGACUCUAACCCGGACGCUUAUAAGAAAUCCCGCUAUGCCCUCCAACGAACCAUCAAACAGGCAAAGAGUCAAUACAGGACUAAGAUUGAAACGUACUACACCGGCUCUGACGCUCGUCGGAUGUGGCAGGGCUUGAAAACUAUUACAGACUACAAAGGGAAGCACAGCCGCGAGCUGCCCAGUGACACAAGACUUCCAGACGAGCUAAACCACUUCUAUGCUCGCUUCGAGGCAAGCAACACUGAAGCAUGCAUAAGAGCAUCAGCUGUUCCGGAUGACUAUGUGAUCACGCUCUCCGUAGCCGAUGUGAGUAAGACUUUUAAGCAGGUCAACAUUCACAAGGCCGCAGGGCCAGACGGAUUACCAGGACGUGUACUCCGAGCAUGUGGUGACCAACUGGCAAGUGUCUUCACUGACAUUUUCAACAUGUCCCUGACUGAGUUUGUAAUACCAACAUGUUUCAAACAGACCACCAUAGUCCCCGUGCCCAAGGACUCUAAGAUAACCUGCCUAAAUGACUACCGACCCGUAGCACUGACGUCUGUAGCCAUGAAGUGCUUUGAAAGGCUGGUCAUGGCUCACAUCAACACCAUUAUCCCAGAAACCCUAGACCCACUCCAAUUUGCAUACCGCCCCAACAGAUCCACAGAUGAUGCAAUCUCUAUUGCACUCCACACUGCCCUUUCCCACCUGGACAAGAGGAACACCUACGUGAGAAUGUUAUUCAUUGACUACAGCUCAGCAUUCAACACCAUAGUGCCCUCAAAGCUCAUCACUAAGCUAAGGAUCCUGGGACUAAACACCUCCCUCUGCAACUGGAUCCUGGACUUCCUGACGGGCUGCCCCCAGGUGGUAAGGGUAGGUAACAACACAUCUGCCACACUGAUCCUCAACACGGGGGCCCCUCAGGGGUGCGUGCUCAGUCCCCUCCUGUACUCCCUGUUCACCCAUGACGGCAUGGCCAGGCACGACUCCAACACCAUCAUUAAGUUUGCAGACGACACAACAGUGGUAAGCCUGAUCACCGACAACGAUGAGACAGCCUAUAGGGAGGAGGUCAGAGACCUGGCCAUGUGGUGCCAGGAUAACAACCUCUCCCUCAACGUGACCAAGAUAAAGGAGAUGAUUGUGGACUACAGGAAAAAAAAGAGGACUGAGCACGCCCCCAUUCUCAUCGACGGGGCUGUAGUGGAACAGGUUGAGAGCUUCAAGUUCCUUGGUGUCCACAUCACCAACAAACUAUCAUGGUCCAAACACACCAAGACAGUCGUAAAGAGGGCACGACAAAGCCUAUUCCCCCUCAGGAGACUGAAAAGAUUUGGCAUGGGUCCUCAGAUCCUCAAAAAAUUCUACAGCUGCACCAUCGAGAGCAUCCUGACUGGUUGCAUCACCGCCUGGUAUGGCAACUGCUUGGCCUCCGACCGUAAGGCACUACAGAGGGUAGUGCGUACGGCCCAGUACAUCACUGGGGCCAAGCUUCCUUUUUUCUCAACACUUUUUUGUUGUUGUUUUAUUUUUACUUCAUGUUAAAAAUAAAUGCACUGUUGGUUAAGGGCUGUAAGUAAGCAUUUCACUGUAAUGUCUGCACCUGUUGUAUUCGGCGCAUGUGGCCAAUAAAAUUUGAUUUAAUUUGAUUUGGAAUUUCCACAUUAUUUAUUACAAGAUUUAGUUGAGGUUUAGGGUUUAGUAAAUGAUUUGUCCCAAAUACGAUGCUUUUAGUUUUUUUUAUAUUUAGGACUAAUUUAUUCCUUGCCACCCAUUCUGAAACUAACUGCAGCUCUUUGUUAAGUGUUGCAGUCAUUUCAGUCGCUGUGGUAGCUGACGUGUAUAGUGUUGAGUCAUCCGCAUACAUAGACACACUGGCUUUACUCAAAGCCAUUGGCAUGUCAUUAGUAAAGAUUGAAACAAGUAAGUGGCCUAGACAGCUGCCCUGGGGAAUUCCUGAUUCUACCUGGAUUUUGUUAGAGAGGCUUCCAUUAAAGAACACCCUCUGUGUUUUGUUAGACAGGUACAGUAGGGAAAAAAAGUAUUUAGUCAGCCACCAAUUGUGCAAGUUCUCCCACUUAAAAAGAUGAGAGAGGCCUGUAAUUUUCAUCAUAGGUACACGUCAACUAUGACAGACAAAAUGAGAAAAGACAAUCCAGAAAAUCACAUUGUAGGAUUUUUAAUGAAUUUAUUUGCAAAUUAUGGUGGAAAAUAAGUAUAACUAAAGUUUCUCAAUACUUUGUUAUAUACCCUUUGUUGGCAAUGACACAGGUCAAACGUUUUCUGUAAGUCUUCACAAGGUUUUCACACACUGUUGCUGGUAUCUUUGCCCAUUCCUCCAUGCAGAUCUCCUCUAGAGCAGUGAUGUUUUGGGGCUGUCGCUGGGCAACACAGACUUUCAACUCCCUCCAAAGAUUUUCUAUGGGGUUGAGAUCUGGAGACUGGCUAGGCAACUCCAGGACCUUGAAAUGCUUCUUACAAAGCCACUCCUUCAUUGCCCGGGCGGUGUGUUUGGGAUCAUUGUCAUGCUGAAAGACCCAGCCACGUUUCAUCUUCAAUGCCCUUGCUGAUGGAAGGAGGUUUUCACUCAAAAUCACACGAUACAUGGCCCCAUUCAUUCUUUCCUUUACACGGAUCAGUCGUCCUGGUCCCUUUGCAGAAAAACAGCCCCAAAGAAUGAUGUUUCCACCCCCAUGCUUCACAGUAGGUAUGGUGUUCUUUGGAUGCAACUCAGCAUUCUUUGUCCUCCAAACACGACGAGUUGAGUUUUUACCAAAAAGUUCUAUUUUGGUUUCAUCUGACCAUAUGACAGUCUCCCAAUCCUCUUCUGGAUCAUCCAAAUGCACUCUAGCAAACUUCAGACGGGCCUGGACAUGUACUGGCUUAAGCAGGGGGACACGUCUGGCACUGCAGGAUUUGAGUCCCUGGCGGCGUAGUGUGUUACUGAUGGUAGGCUUUGUUACUUUGGUCCCAGCUCUCUGCAGGUCAUUCACUAGGUCCCCCCGUGUGGUUCUGGGAUUUUUGCUCACUGUUCUUGUGAUCAUUUUGACCCCACGGGGUGAGAUCUUGCGUGGAGCCCCAGAUCGAGGGAGAUUAUCAGUGGUCUUGUAUGUCUUCCAUUUCCUAAUAAUUGCUCCCACAGUUGAUUUCUUCAAACCAAGCUGCUUACCUAUUGCAGAUUCAGUCUUCCCAGCCUGGUGCAGGUCUACAAUUUUGUUUCUGGUGUCCUUUGACAGCUCUUUGGUCUUGGCCAUAGUGGAGUUUGGAGUGUGACUGUUUGAGGUUGUGGACAGGUGUCUUUUAUACUGAUAACAAGUUCAAACAGGUGCCAUUAAUACAGGUAACGAGUGGAGGACAGAGGAGCCUCUUAAAGAAGAAGUUACAGGUCUGUGAGAGCCAGAAAUCUUGCUUGUUUGUAGGUGACCAAAUACUUAUUUUCCACCAUAAUUUGCAAAUAAAUUCAUUACAAAUCCUACAAUGUGAUUUUCUGGAGAUUUUUUUUUUUAAUUUGUCUGUCAUAGUCGACGUGUACCUAUGAUGAAAAUGACAGGCCUCUCUCAUCUUUUAAGUGGGAGAACUUGCACAAUUGGUGGCUGACUAAAUACUUUUUUUCCCCACUGUAACUCUUUAUCCACAAUAUAGCAGGGGUGUAAAGCCAUAACACAUACGUUUUUCCAGCAACAGACUAUGAUCGAUAAUGUCAAAGCAGCGCUGAAGUCUAACAAAACAGCCCCCACAAUAUUUUUAUCAUCCAUUUCUUUCAGCCAAUCAUCAGUCAUUGUGUCUCAUUUGUGGCCCUCCGGCCGGGACCCCUUCUAACUGAAGAUAGGCAAAUAGAGGCCAAAUCGUCCCAUUCCCCAACCAUCCAUUGUCAACCCCGGUGGCUUGUCAUGUUAUCCAAUAAGACUUUUUCCCGCUCCCCCCCCCCCCCCCGGUUGUUGCUGGCAUGUCAUGCCUAAGUUUGCUAAUCUUGCCAAUGAAAAAAUCAUUAAAGUAGUUGGCAAUAUCAGUGUGUUUUGUGAUGAAUUAACCAUCUGAUUCAAUGAAUGAUGGAGCUGAGUUUGCCUUUUUGCCCAAAUAUUCAUUUAAGGUGCUCCAAAGCUUUUUACUAUCAUUCUUUAUUUCAUUUAUCUUUGUUUCAUAGUGUAGUUUCUUCUUCUUUUUAUUCAGUUUAGUCACAUGAUUUCUCAAUUUGCAAUGUGUUUUCCAAUCAGUUGUACAGCCAGACCUAUUUGCCAUCUCUUUUGCCUCAUCCCUGUCAACCAUACAAUUUAUCAAUUCCUCAUCAAUCCAUGGGGAUUUAACUGUUUUUUCAGUCAUUUUCUUAAUGGGUGCAUGCUUAUUAGUAACUGGGAUAAGCAAUUUCAUAAAAGUGCAGCGUCUGGUUGCUCGUCAUUACACACCACAGACCAACAAAUAUUAUUCACAUCAACAACAUAGGAAUCACUACAAAACUUAUUGUAUGACCUCUUAUACACUAUAUUAGGCCCAGCCUUUGGAACUUUGGUUUUCCUAGAUAUGGCUACUAUAUUGUGAUCACUACAUCCAAUGGAUUUGGAUACUGUUUUCAAACAAAUCUCUGCAGCAUUAGUUAAGAUAUGAUCAAUACAUGUUGAUGAUUUAAUUCCUGUACUGUUUCUAACUACCCUGGUAGGUUGACUGAUAACCUGAACCAGGUUGCAGGCACUGGUUACAGUUUUAAGCUUUCUCUUGAGUGGGCAGCCUGAUGAAAGCCAGUCAAUAUUUAAAUCACCAAGAAAGUAUACCUCUCUAUUGAUAUAACAUAUAUUAUCAAGCAUUUCACACAUAUUAUCCAGAUACUGACUGUUAGCACUUGGUGGUCUAUAGCAGCUUCCCACCAGAAUGGGCUUUAGGUGAGGCAGAUGAACCUGUAGCCAUAUUACUUCAACAGUAUUUAAUAUGAGAUCCUCUCUAAGCUUUACAGGAAUGUGGUUCGGAAUAUAGACCCAACACCUCCACCUUUGGCAUUUCUGUAUUUUCUGUAAAUGUUAUAACCUUGUAUUGCUACCACUGUAUCAUCAAAGGUAUUAUCUAGGUAAGUUUCAGAGAUAGUCAGAAUAUGAAUGUCAUCUGUUACUAGCAAAUUAUUGAUUUCAUGAACCUUCCUUCUUAAGCUACUUAUGUUAACAUGGGCUAUUUUUAACACUUUUCUGGGAUGCUUGAUCAUUUUUCUUGCUUUACUGAGAUGCUUAGCAGAGGUAGACAUACUCAUGUUAUUUAUGUUACUGCAGGGUGAGCUGCACACAGUGGACUUCCUACUAGGGCACACCACCUCAGUGCUAACAGUAUUACUCUGGUUCAUAGGCAUAUGAGUACUGCAUACAAUAGCUGUAGGAUCAGCAGAGGCAUUCCGGGCAGUAAGAGGGACAUAAAUUAGGUUAUUUACAUUGUGUCUUCCAACGCCCCUAGGAUAAUGUACAUUUGCUGAAUCAUUAUGACAACUCAGAGACACAAUGGUAGGGAUUAAAAUAGCUGGACUUAGGUCAUUGAUAAGUCAUUGUCUCAACACAGCCUUAUAAUGCUGUGAAAGGAUCCAGGAACCCAAAUGAUUUGGGUGGAUCCCAUCCUCCUUAUAAUACGAGCUUUGUUGACAGAAGGUAUCAAAAUUGUCAAUAAAUGUUACACCCACAGAGCUGCAAUAGUCUCGUAGCCAGUUAUGGAGGGCUAAAAGUCUGCUGGACCGUUCAAUGCCACGAUUUAGGGAGGGCAGAGGGCCAGUUUGUUGGUGUCAAGUAGAGACCCAAUCAGUUCUUUAAAAUCCAUCUUCAGCUGUUCUGAGCUGCCCUUCAUAAUGUCAUUUGAUGCCAGCUGACCUAUGACCUUCUCUCUCUGAUGCCAGCUGACCUAUGGCCCUCUCCUCUCUCCUCUGAUGCCAGCUGACCUAUGACCCUCUCUCUCUGAUGCCAGCUGACCUAUGACCCUCUCCUCUCUGAUGCCAGCUGACCUAUGACCCAUUCCUCUCUGGUGCCAGCUUACCUAUGACCCUCUCCUCUCUGAUGCCAGCUGACCUAUGACCCUCUCCUCUCUGAUGCCAGCUGACCUAUGACCCUCUCGUCUCUGAUGUCAGCUGACCUAUGACCCUCUCCUCUCUGAUGCCAGCUGACCAAUGACCCUCUCUCCUCUCUGAUGCCAGCUGACCUAUGACCCUCUCUCCUCUCUGAUGCCAGCUGACCUAUGACCCUCUCUCCUCUCUGAUGCCAGCUGACUUAUGACCCUCUCCUCUCUGAUGCCAGCUGACCAAUGACCCUCUCUCCUCUCUGAUGCCAGCUGUCAUAUGACCCUCUACUCUCUCUGAUGCCAGCUGACAUAUGACCCUCUCCUCUCUCCUCUCUGAUGCCAGCUGACCUAUGACCCUCUCCUCUUUGAUGUCAGCUGGCCUAUGACCCUCUCAUCUCUGAUGCCAGCUGGCCAAUGACCCUCGCCUCUCUCCUCUCUGAUGGCAGCUGA